UAGUGGGGCUGGAGAAAGGCGGCGGCGGCCAGGGGUGGUGGUCGUCGUCCAAAGCCCCUACUCUCCUCUCCUCUCCUCUCCGUGAGGCGGAUGGUGGGCCUGGUGAGUGACCGCCCCCCCUACACCCACACCUACACAACCUCAACAUGUUGCAGAGCAUCGGGCUGACCGUGCUGGUCCUGGUCGCCACCCUCCUCUGCGUCCUCCUCUUCAUGCUCUUCGGUUGGUAUGUGGUUUGGCAGCUGUUCCUGUCGAAGUUCAAAUUCCUCCGGGAACUGGUGGGCGAUACCAGCUCGCUGCAAGGGGACAGCGAGUCAUCGGAGAGUGCAAGCACAGGAGACUCUCCACCUGCACCCGCAGGGCACAGACCUAAAUCGGCACGUCUACGGAGGGCGCCGACUGAAGGCACCACAUAGUAAACCGCACCGGAGCACGGUUCCGUUCAUUGGCCCUCUCAGCACCGCUUCAGUCUGCGAUCGACAUUGCCUCGCUUUAUUUAACUGUUUGCUUCGGCUGGCUUGCUGAAAAACACUUCUCAUUUACCCAGCAGGGAUGUAGACCACAAUGCAAGCAGGUGUGCAGGUUAAAUUGGCUCGAUGGUCAACAUUGACGUGGUGGGCCGAAGGGCAAGGGCCGUUCCUGUGCUGCGAUGUUCUGCGUUCACAUUUGGAGCAGUUUGCCAAUGUUCGCGCCGCAGAAAUGCCACAAUGCUUGCUUAAUUUAUCAGUACAGAGUCAUCUAUUUCUCAUCAUUGCCGAGCAAAUCAAUUUGCAAUCAAUUGGUAAUAAGGUCAUAGAUUACAGGAGCAGAGUCAGGCCAUUCGGCCCAUCAGGUCAACUCCACCAUUAAAUCAUGGCUGAUCUAUCCCUCCCUCCUAACCCCAUUCUCCUGCCUUCUCCCCAUAACCCCUGACACCCGCACUAAUCAAGAAAUAUAUCUAUCCGUCUCUGCUUUGAAAUAUCCACUGACUUGGCCUCCACAGCCUUCUGUGGUAAAGAAUUCCACAUAUUCACCACACUCUGACUAAAGAAAUUCCUUAUCUCCUUCCUAAAGGACCGUCCUUUAAUUCUGAUGAAUUGGUGGAUUAUUCAGUCCCGGAUGCAGGAGUCUCGAAUCAAAUUGUCCUACCAACUGUAACCUCAUUUUGUUGCAUACGAUUCCUCUUUCUGAAUGACUGCUCUAAGUACUAAAAACGGUUUAUGUCGUAAAUUAGCAGCCUUUAAAAGUGUAUGUUGUUUGAACUUUGCUUUAGCUGGUUCUAAUAUAUUUUUAAGAACUUUUCACAUAAUUAUGAUGAACCACAUUGAACAUGUUUACAUUUUCUGCCGCAUCUUUUCUUAUUUUUUUUAACACGUCAAUUGAAACACCUAACUUGCUUUCAUAGAAGCUCGUGAGAAUGUAAGACUUGCCUAAACUGUUGUCGAAUGAGAAAAGUCACUGUUCAUUAGUCCUUGGAGCAGAAUUGGGAGAUUUGGACCAUCGAGUCUACUCCGCCAUUCAAUCAUGGCUGAUCUAUCUUCCCCCCCCACCCCCCCCCCCUUCAAUCCCAUUCUUCUGCCUUCUUCCCAUAACUCCUGUCACCCUUAUUAAUCCUCACUAACCCUUUGUUCGAGGAACACUCCUUUUCACACAGUGGCGCAGCGGUAGAGUUGCUGCCUCGCAGCGUCAGAGACUCGGGUUCGAUCCCCACUGCGGGUGCUGUCCAACUGUACAGGUGAUCAUUGGUCAGCUGGGAAGAAACUGUUCCUGAAUCUGGAAGUUUGCAUUUUCAAACUUCUGUGCCUCUUGCCUGAUGGGAAAGUGUAAAGGGUGUGAAGGAGUGAUCGACGGUGGGCUUGGACUCGAGUGGGCCGAAGGGCCUGUUUCCACCCUGUAUCUCUAGAACUCAAAAUUAGAACUACUGCAGGGCAAUUACGUGGAGAUGGUGACCUCAAGAGAUCAUAAACCCAUGUGAGUUGGAAGACAAGCCCUUCCUUCCACGCCCAAUGAUGAAUAUCCUCCGAAAUGUGUGACUUAAUUUCCUGGACAGGUCUCUAAAGGAUCAAUUUGGAGGAAAUGAUGAAACCGAGAUCGUGACCCACCAGGAAAUUGCAUCAUUAUGCGCUGUAGCAUCACAGGAAAUUCACAGUCGCAUAUCCACAAUGGUAUCAAUUCACCCAUAAAUUGGUGGCAGUUUCUUCCCAGCUGACCAUGGGCGGCACAGUGGCGCUGUGGCAGAGUUGCUGCCCCACAGCGCUAGAGACCCUGGCUCGAUCCCGACUACGGGUGCUGUCUGUAUGAGGUUUGUACGUUCUCCCCGUGAUCUGCGUGGGUUUUCUCCGUGAUCUUCGGCUUCCUCCCACAUUCCAAAGGCAUUCAGGUUUGUUGUUUAAUUGGCAUGGUAUACAUUGUAAAUUGUCCCUGGGAUAGUGUUUGUGUACGGGGACCGCUAAUCGGUGUGGACUCGGUGGGCCGAAGGGUCUGUUUACUCUAAAACAUAUCUAAAUGACAUUCAUGCCACUUAGAAUUGCGGGAGGUAGAGUAACCUGCCUGGAUUUCUAGGCCACAGUUUAUUAUGAGCAUCCUCUUCGGACUGAUGUGGGGUGUGGGGGGGGAGAAGAAGGGAAGAGGAGGAGCCCGAGGGCUGAGGGAGAGCUGAGAAGGGGAGGAGACAGCAAGGGCUACUGGAAAUUGGAGAAUUUAAUGUUUAUGCCACUAGGGUGCAGACUGCCCAAGCGGAAUAUGAGGUGCUGCUCCUUUCACGGAUUCUGAAACCUUUUGCUUUCAUUAUCCAUUUUGACAACAAUAUGCCCUUGCUCUUUAUAAACUUCUAGACGCCUUGACAAUUUGUAAAUUGUGCAGGAGAGUUUCGGAAACAUGCAGGACAUAGAUUGAAGCACAUUUAUUUGAGUCGCUGCCUCAGUGGGCCUGGUUCGAUCCUGACCUCGGGUGCAGUAUCUGUGGAGUUUGCACGUGUGACCCCGUGGGUCACCUUCCAUGUGCUCUGGUUUCUCCCACAUCCCGAAGACGUGCGGGUUUGUAGGUUAAUUUGCCCUCUGUAAAUUGCCCCCUAGUGCGCGGGGAGUGAAUGAGAAAGUGGAAUAACAUAGUGUACGGGGUGAUCGAUGGUCGGUGUGGAACUCAGUGGGUCGAGGAUCUUGUUUCCGUGCUACAUGGGUGGUCGGUCGAUGGUUGGCGUGUACUCAGUGGCAGAAGGUCCUGUUUCCCUGCUGCAUCUCAAAAAUAAACUUACUGCUUUUGUUAUAAACAAAAGAUUAGGGCAUUAUCCUUCAUCUUUCAGCCUAGGCUCAAAUUACAGGCAGAUAGCUUGGGGAACAACCACAGCUGUAUUUCUGCAGGAAAUAUUGUCCAAUAUUUGGAAUGAAAAUGUUGAAUACCUAAAUAUUUUGCAAUGAAUAGCUGAUUUUAUCUUUGGAGCUAAACGUUGCAUUGUAGAAGUAGAGUGGCAGUGGAAACUGACUUAGAUACAGCGCGGAAAUGAGUCUGCACCGACCAACGCUCCCCGUACAUUGACACUACCCUCCACGCGAUGGGAACAAUUUACAUUUACACCAAGCCAAUUAACCUCCAAACCUGUGCGUCUUUGUGUGGGAGGAAACCGAAGAUCUUGGAGAAAACCCACGCAGGUCACGGGGAGAACGUACAAACUCCGUACAGACAAGCCCCGUGCCGCGCCAAGGUUUAACGCUACUUCAAAGUAUCAAUAAUCCUGUUCCACACCUUCGACGUUCCUUAUGUGUAGAAUGGAGGAUCUUUUUUCAGUUUCUCCUCCAUCUGGUCCUAUUCCUCCCUCUCCUGACUUUAAAAAGUAAUGUUGUGAUGGCCAUCUUGUUCACUGUUCGGUUGCAGUUUUCGACAGGCAGUUGACGUAGCCUGUGUUUGAAAAUAGCACCAUACAAAUAAAAUGAUGACAACUGUGCGGCACGGUGGCGCAGCGGUAGAGUUGCUGCCUCACAGUGCCAUACACCCGGGUUCCAUCCCGACUACGGGCGCUUGUCUGUACGGAGUUUGUGCCUUCUCGCCGUGUCCUGCGUGGGUUUUCUCCGGUUUCCUCCCGCAUUCCAAAGACGUCCAGGUUUGUAGGCUAAUUGUCUUCGGUGUAAUUGUGAAUUUUCCCGUUUGUGUAUGUGCGGUAGUGUAAGUGUGCGGGGAUCGCUGGUCGGUGCGGACUCGGUGGGCCAAAGGGCCUGUUUCCGCGCUGUAUCUCUAAACUAAACUGAAACAAGGAUGAUAUAGUAGCAGCUGCUUUCGAAAUAAGACCGGUCUUGCUAACAGUUGAUUGUUUCCCCUUGAUGUUUGCAGCAUUUUGUUCCAAAGUUCGAGCGUGCCGAUGCUUCUUGUGACCAGCCUGCAUCGUUCCGUGUUUGCUUUUUGCUUAGUGUUCUAUAUUAUCCAUUGCUACAUUUACAAAUCGCGUCUGAACGAUCACAGCAAGAAAUGUUUAUUUUCUAAAUGGACUGCAACUAGACAUACUGUUCUUUUAUGUGGCAUUUAGAGUUUUUGAUUCCUCUGCAUUGUAUUGAUACUGGCUUUCAAAACUAUUGGCAAAACACAUUUGUAAAGAGGUUAUAGUUUAAAAAAAAAAUAGUGGCACUUAGAAGUGUACAUUAACGAUCUAAUUAGCACAAUACAAUUAAAAAGUGUGCAUUGGUGUACAUAUCCAGCCUCAAGGACCUGUCCCACCUACGCGAUUUUUAUUUCAGCGACUGCCGGCACCCGUCAUAGUCAAUAGACAAUAGGUGCAGGAGUAGGCCAUUCGGCCCUUCGAGCCAUUCAAUAUGAUCAUGAUUGAUCAUCCCCAAUCAGUACUCAGUUCCUGCCUUCUCCCCAUAUCCCCUGACUCCACUAUUUUUAAGAGCCCUAUCUAGCUCUCUCUUGAAAGCAUCCAGAGAACCCGCCUCCACCACCCUCAGAGGCAGAGAAUUCCACAGAUUCACCACACUCUGGGUGAAAAAGUGUUUCCUCGUCUCCGUUCUAAAUGGCUUACUCCUUAUUCUUAAAUAAUAAGCAGGUCGCCGAAAAAUUUCAAACAUGUUGAAAAUCCAGCGGCGACCAGAAAAAGGUAGGACUCUUUGGGUGACUACUCACGACCGCAUGGCCCAAAGAGUCGUAUCUUUUUCUGUCAUAAGUAGUCACCCAAAGAGUUGUUCCUUUUUCUGGCUGCCGCUGGAGUUGAACAUGUUGAAAAUUUUCAGCGACCUGCUGCGACUAAUGACGGGUGCCGGCAGUCGCUGAAAAAAAAUAAUGUAAAUGGGACAGGCCCUUCAUUCACCUAAACCUCUUUACGGCCUUCAGACAUUAAAUCACUCUUGUCUUUUUUAAAACAAAGCUAGUACUUGAUCCCGAAGAUAGACACGAGACGCUGGAGUAACUCAGUGGAUCAUGUUCAUAGCUUCUAGGAGAAGAAUUAGGCCAUUUGGCCCAUCAAAUCUACUCAUGGCAUUUAAUCAUGGCUGAUCUAUCUUUCCCUCUCAACCCCGUACUCCUGCCUUCUCCCCAUAACCUCUGACACCCGUGCUAAUCAAGAAUCUGUCAAUCUUCGCCUUAAAAAUAUCCACAGCCGUCUGUGGCAAUGAGUUCCACAGAUUCACCACCCACUGACUAAAGAAAUUGUUUCUCAUCUCCUUUCUAAAGGUACAUCCUUUCAUUCUGAGGCUGUGGCCUCUGGCCCUGGACUCUCCCACUGGUGGAUGUGGAUAUAUCCCUUCCACAUUCAUUCUAUCCAGCACCUCUGCAGAAAGGGAAUAGGCGAUGUUUCGGGUCGAGACCCUUCUCCAUCAGCUAUUCUCCAUGGUACAAACAAUAAACUGCAGACAGGCACAAAGUGCUGGAGUAACUCAGUGGCUCAGGCGGCAUCUCUGGAGAAAAAGGAUUGGUGACACUUCGGCUUUGGGACCCUUAUGAGGGGUCACGAACCCGAAACACCACCCAUCUUUUCUCUCUGGCCAUGCUGCCUGACCCGCUGAGUUACUCCAGCACUUUGUGACUAUUUUUUGGUAUAAACCAGCACCUGCAGUUCCUUGUUUCUUCUAAUGAACUGCAGAUGCUGGUGUACAAUAAGAAAAAAGAUAGUCCUAGUUGAACGCAGUGGGUCAGGCAGCACCUCUGGAGAACGUGGAUUGGUGACGUUUCAGGUCGGGGCCCCAUCUUCAGAAGAAUGACUCCGAAACGUCACCUAUCUACCAUCUCCAGGGAUACUCCUUGACGGGUGCAGGCCCAGUGCCAUCGACUGCCUUCUCCCCACAACCUUUGACAUUCUUACUAAUCCUAGGGCGGCACGCUAGCACGGCGCUACAGCACCAGAUUCUUGGGAUUGAUCCCGACUGUGGGUGCUGUCUGUACGGAGUUUGCACGUUCUCCCCAGUGACCUGCGUGGGUUUUCUCAGGGUGCUCUGGUUACCUCCCACAAUCCAAAGACCUACAGCUUUGCAGGUUAAUUGGCCCUCUUUAAAAAAAAAUACCCAGUUACUUAGCCUCGACAGCCGUCUGUGGCAAUGAAUUCCACAGAUUCACCACCCUCUGACUCAAGAAAUGCCUCGUCUCCUUCCAAAAGGUACAUCCUUUUUUCUUAGUUCUCACAUUAAAUGCCACAUUUGCCUCAAUUUCUAUGCCACAGCUAUCUGCCUCUCCGCUCUACAUACCCCAUCCCUAACCUCUUCUGCAUUGGUUCAAGGCUUCCCACAUUCAGAACACGCUUCCCUUGUUCCUGUUUCAAUCGUCUCCCUAUAUCCUUUGUUUUGGGCUGUUCUCUUUUCUCCUCUAAUGUGCUUGGGUAAAGGGUCUGCAUGAAUGGUCUAUAUGAAACGGGUCUGUAACAAAAGGCUCUAUGUGAACGGUCUCCACCCAAAAUGUCACCUAGUCCUUCUCCAGAGAUGCUGCCUGACCGGCUGAGUUACCCCAGCACUUAUAUUGUGUCUAUCUUCAGUGUAAAUCAGCACCUGCAGUUCCUUCUUACACUAUAAAAUAGCUUGUUCCUUCUUUGAACACCUGCUACUUUUAGUUUUGGGUGAUAUUUAACCGUUAUUUGCGGGGUGGGGGAAGGUGGAUGGCCAGGCAAGUGAAGGCAAGGGUUCUGCUGAAUUUAACACCAGAACCCCAUAAAAAUGUCAAUUUCUAUCCAAGAAGGGUCUCGACCUGAAAUGUCACCUAUCCAUGUUCUCCACAGAUGCUGCCUGACCCGCUGAGUUACUCCAGCACUCUGUGAAACAUCACCUAUCCAUGUUCUCCAGAGAUGCUGCCUGACCCGCUGAGUUACUCCAGCACUCUGUGAAAUCAUCUAUCCAUGUUCAUCCAGAGAUGCUGCCUGACCCGCUGAGUUACUCCAGCACUCUGAGAAACAUCAUCUAUCCAUGUUCUCCACAGAUGCUGCCUGACCUGCUGAGUUACUCCAGGUUUUUUUCUUGUCUGUCUUUGGUUUAAACCAGCAUCUGCUGUUCCUCCCUACACAUUCUCUCUUAGUUAGGUUUGGUUUAGAGGGACAGCGCUGAAACAGGCCCUUUGGCCCACCGAGUCUGCGCCAACCAGUCUUAAGUUAAGAACUCACUUCUUUCAACAAUCUCCAUAUAUCUUUCCUGUUUUGGUCUGAAACGUCACCUAUCCAUGUUCUCCAGAGAUGCUGCCUGACCCGCUGCGUUACUCCAACACUUUGUCCUUUUUUUUUGCAAACCAGCAUCUCCAGUUCUUUGUUCCUAAUUAAAAAAUAUUAAUAAAAUAUUGCAUCCCUCGUAUCUGCAGUGACCUUUUGAAUAUGUAGUCCUUUGCAUAACCAGUCGCUUGUGUACUUUCAUAAUAGAGUUUGUAGGUUAAUUGGUUUGGUUAUAAAUGUAAAAUAAAUUGGCCCUAGUAUGUAUAGGGUAGUGUUAAUGUGCGGGGAUCGCUGGUCGGUGCGGACUCGGUGGGCUGAAGGACAUGUUUCCGCUCUGUAUCUUUACACUAAACUUUUUUUUUUUUUAAACAAAAGGUCAAAUGUUGAGACCCUUUAUUAUAAAGGUCAAAUCUGGAGAAAUUGUGUUGAUUGUAACCAACUUGUUUCAUCCAAGAGGCUACCUCAAACUAUAAACGGUAGGGGCUUAUGCUUUCACGGAAGUAACUUUAUAUUAAAAACAUUUGUGAUAAAUUCAGAAAGACCACUCUGUAUUAAGAUGCAAAUAUAAUGGUUACAAUGUAAAAUUUGCUAGGUUUCACAUUGAUGUUCAAACAGUGGUUUGAAUUCAUGUUACAUUUAAGUUAUUAGAAUGCGAGUUGGAAUGUUUAUUUGACUGGUGAAAUGCUGACACUGUUGUAUGUUCUUGUUAACAUGUAAUAUUAUAGACGCAAGUCACUAAACCAUGCUGUUGCGUGUUAAUAACAUCCUUUAACAUGUUUCCUGUUUCUUAAACUGACCCCUGUAAUAGAAACGAUGAAAUAAAAUGGCAAAGAAACAGUC